GAAAAAUUCGAAGCAGCCUGGAAUCGAUAAAAGUUGAGCUACAGAGGUGGCAUCCAGUUGCGAGGAUUUCUGUGUCUUUUUGUGAUUCCAGUGUCGGAAAAUCAUGUCAAGACCUGGAACAACCAGACAAAGGAUGCCAAACAAUUCUAUGAUUAUUGAUAUAAGAAUAAUCCUUGGAGUCGUGUUGGGCUUCUUCAUGGGAAGUUUACUUUCUCCAGCCAUCAUAAGCAUGCUGGACUUUUCUUCUAGGAUAUCGUGCAUUGAAGAUAGCAGUCCUGCGCGAAUUCGACAGGAACAUGCCAAGUCUUCUUCAUAUAAUCAAACUACAACAUAUUUAUUAAGUUCAAAUGUUUCUCAGAUCAAUGUUCCCACAAGUUCUAGAGGUGCAGAAAGACUACCACCAGACAUUGUUGUGUCAAAAUCAGAUUUUUAUCUUCAUAGGUUGUGGGGUAACUGGAGCGAGGACCUACCAUUCAAACAGAAGUACCUCGUAUCAUUCACUGUUGGCUAUGACCAGAAAAAGAAUAUUGACGCUGCUGUGAAGAAGUUUUCUGGAAAUUUUACAAUCUUAUUAUUCCAUUAUGAUGGACGUGUAAAUGAGUGGGAUGAAUUUGAGUGGUCAAAACAAGCUAUCCAUAUAAGCGCCAAGAAGCAGACUAAAUGGUGGUAUGCUAAGAGGUUCUUGCACCCUGACGUUGUGGCUCCUUAUGAAUACAUUUUUAUAUGGGAUGAAGAUUUAGGAGUCGAACAUUUCGAUGCUGAAAUGUAUAUCAAACUGGUGCAGAAGCAUGGCUUGGAGAUUUCACAACCCGCUGUUGAGUCAAAGGACAAAAACAUAACGUGGCAACUGACUAAAAAGAGAGACGAUGUCGAAGUCCACAAAACAAUAAUAACAGAUGAGAAUCAAGGCUGCUCUGAUCCCCAUCUCCCUCCUUGUGCUGCAUUUGUGGAGAUAAUGGCACCUGUUUUUUCUCGAGAUGCAUGGAAAUGUGUUUGGCAUGUGAUUCAGAAUGACUUGGUUCAUGGAUGGGGACUUGAUUUUGCAUUUAGAAGAUGUGUGCAGGGGCCGGCUCAUGAGAAAAUAGGAGUUGUAGAUGCUCAGUGGAUCAUCCACCAGGGGAUUCCUUCGCUAGGAAAUCAGGGCCCUGACAGGAAGGGAAAAUCUCCACGGGGAAAGGUUAGAGACCGGUGUUUUAGAGAGUGGCAGGUGUUUCGUGCUCGAAUGGAAAAUGCUACGGACGCGUACUCCAGGAAAAUGGGUAUUAAGCUCCCAAGGAGGAGUAAAAAUGUUACCAGAACACCCGGAUAAAAAUGGAUUUAAUUUAA